AUGGAGCAAAAUUACUUAUUAACACGACGAGUCAAAUUAUCGUUAAUAGUGGUGUUAGCAUACUUCGUUGCUUCCAAAAUUUUGCAAUGGCAUUUCAUCCUCCAAUACCGCUUAUCAACACCUCCAAAAGGUUUUUAUAACAGCCAAUUUGAAGCUGUCGCCAAAGCUUUUAGGCAAAAUUUUGAAGAGGGUUUUGAAAGAGAAGGUGCACAUUUAACAGUUAUUCAGAAUGGAAAAGUUAUAAUAAAUUUAUGGAAUGGUUAUUCGGAUUCAGAAUCAUUUCGUGAAUGGAAUCAUAAUACCAAAACAGUUUUAUUUUCAACCACAAAGGCAAUUGCUGCACUUUGCUUAGCAAUGCAAGUCGAUCGAGCUGGUCUAUCAUAUGAUGAUCUGGUAGUAAAAUAUUGGCCAGAAUAUGGACAACAUGGAAAACAUAUGACAACAAUUGAAGAUAUUUUAACACAUAAAGCUGGAAUUCCAUAUGUUGAUAAUCUUACAAUAGAAGAUGUGGCAAAUGAAAAAAGAAUUAUGAAGAUAAUCGAGCAAACUAUGCCUGUUUGGAAGCCUGGCACUGCUACUGGAUAUCAUGCUCUAACAUUUGGUUGGUUGAUUGAUGGUGUUUUUCGUAAAGUGGAUGAGAAAGGUCGCAAUAUCAAAACAUUCCUUCAAGAAGAAAUUGCUGACAAAUAUGGUAUUAACAUCACUAUUGGUUUACCAAAGCAAGAAUUCAAGAAUUUAGCUCGACUAACUCAGCCUGGAUUGCUUGAAUAUGCUCGAGAUACACUGCUAGAUCUACGACUGAUUAUCAUGCUUGCAAUAAUGUAUGCCCAACCGUCAAAUUCUCUGGCUGCAAGAAUUCGAGCUCAUGCAUCAUGGAUUCCACUGAGUUUUGAUACCAUUGCACUGAAUGAUCCAGAUAUUAUUGAAUUAAACAUGGCAGCAAUAGGUGGUGUCAGCGAUGCUUAUAAUUUGGCAAAACUUUUUUCACUGGCAAUUGAUGGUACACUUUUAAGCAAUCGAACACUUGCACAGGUAACUCAACCAACCGUGACUAAUUGGCAUUUGGAACAGGUUUUGCUCUAUCCAUUCGUCAAAGGUCGGGGAUUCUUCUUUGAUAAACACCCUACCAAUAAGAAUAGUUACUUGUUUGGGCAUCCGGGAUAUGGUUGCCAAGUAUUGAAUAUCGAUUUCGACAACAAGAUAGUCAUUGCUUACGUAUCAAAUGGUCUAAAAACAGGAAGCGGUGAAAUGUGCAGAACAUAUCAGUCGAUACUUCGAUCUCUCUACCGGUCAUUAUGA